CAUUCUUUUCUAAUUUCUUUAUUCUUUAUUUUUUCUCCUUUUUUUUUUAUUUUCUUUCUUCAACAAUAAAAAUGUCUAAAGCGUCAUUUCUAAGAGAGUACAAGAUCGUUAUCGUAGGAGGCGGUGGUGUUGGUAAAUCUGCUUUGACCAUUCAGUUCAUUCAGUCUCACUUUGUGGAUGAAUACGACCCAACGAUUGAAGACUCUUAUCGUAAACAGUGUGUUAUUGAUGAAGAGACAGCCUUAUUAGAUGUACUCGAUACAGCAGGUCAAGAGGAAUAUAGCGCAAUGAGAGAACAAUACAUGAGAAAUGGUGAAGGGUUUGUCCUUGUUUAUUCCAUCACAUCAUAUCUUUCAUUUGAAGAAGUAAAUACAUUUUAUCAACAAAUUCGACGUGUCAAAGAUCGUGACUUCUUCCCAAUGAUAUUAGUUGGUAAUAAAUGUGACUUGGAAGGCGAAAGACAGGUAUCAAAUCAAGAAGGAAGGGAUUUAGCCAAGAGCUUUGGUUGUCCUUUUAAUGAAACGUCAGCCAAACAGCGAAUCCAUGUAGACGACGUAUUUUAUGAUGUUGUACGUGAGAUUCGUAGGAUGAACAAAGAACAAGAGGGUAGAUCAAAAGGUGGACAAAGGGAAACAUUCGACAUGUCUGAAUCGAGAAAUGAUGGUUGUUGUGGUUGUAUCUUGAUGUAGUUUAAUGUCAUAUUUUGAGUCUCUCUUUUUUUGUUUCCCUUUUUUUUGAAAAAAAAAUCAUUAUUAUUAUUAUUAUCUUUAUUCUAUUUACAAUAACUAAUAUAUUUAUCUAUUCACACACAUAUACACUUUCUUCUUCUCUUAAACACACGCUUUACAUGCUACUGAGCUUUUUGCUGCGUUUGAAUUUAAACGCAUUCAAUCUCCGUUAUGAGUAUCACCAAGUGUGCAAAAGGUAUUGAAUUGCCC